GUCAGAGGAGGAGAGGAGCUCCAGGCUGUGAUGAAGGCAGCGCUCAGAGCUGCUCAGCCUGCCUCUCCUCCUGUUCACAGACCGCUCUGCACAUUUGGAGAACAAGUCAGGGGGGAGGUAUCCAGAGGGAGGAGGGGGGAUGCGUGCAUGUGACAGUCUGUGGACGUUUUCCACCAGUCGAGCAGGAAAUUGAGUCUCCCCGUUCAUAAAAAAAAAAAAAAAAUCACCGGCGACUGGUAAUCUCCAAACAUUGCGCGCGCCUCGUUCGUCGCCUGCGGAUCGUCACAGCACCAUGCGAGCAGGACAGACGCGCCCUGUGCCAUGCUGAGCGACUCCCCGACCCUCCUGCUGGCUCUGACCGCGGUGGCCGGACUCCUCCAGCGAUGCCAAAGCUGGAGCGACGAAGACCUCCUCCUGCCGCCCAUCAACUCCUCCAACAGGUUCAUGGCCAACCUGGAGGUGGACGUGCGCUUCUCCAAAAGGUCCGUGGAGGAGAGCGAUGCUUCGGCCGACGCCUCCUCCCUACAGGGUCUGUCCCAGUGUAACGUGAGCGUCCAGAGACUGCUGCCCACCUCGCUGGUGGCGCGCUGGGACAGCAGCUUCGGCUUCCAGUGCGAUGUGCUCAUCUACACCACCAAUAAUCACGGCAGGGCUUUUUUCUCCGCCUCCUUCAACAGGGCGAUCUCCCCUGUAGUCAUCGAGCACCUGGGAGUCACCGGGGGUCAGCAGGAGUUGAGGCUGUGCGUGGGCUGCGGGAUGUCCCGGUACAGGAGGUUCGGUCAGGGCCGAUCACGGGGCCAGCAGAGCGGGGAUCAGGUCACUUUCUGCUGCGUGGAUUUCAGCCUGGACGAGCUGAAGGGGGACAAAAGUUGGAGGCUGAACAGGAAGCCGAUCGAGUCGACACUUGUGGCUUGUUUCAUGACUCUGGUGAUCAUCGUGUGGAGUGUUGCUGCUCUCAUAUGGCCGGUCCCCAUCAUUGCAGGGUUUCUGCCUAACGGGAUGGAGCAGAGGAGACCCAGAUAAUUCAGUGAAUCUGAUUCUAAUCAGCCUGUGCUGCCUAUACUCUAACUGUAGCCAUUCACCUGUCCACCUGAAUGAACCAUGGAGGAGCUUUGGGGGACUUUUUAAUCCAAUGCUUUAGUUUUUGUGGAUCUUUAACCUUUUAUUAGCCCCCCUCCUCAUUAGGACAACCAAGGUAAAUGAUUAUGAUAGCCAAUAUUACUCUAUACUGGGACCAAUGGAAGUGGUUUUGUAAUCUCUUAGGCCUUCCUAUAGAUUAUGUCUGCGUAAACUGUGCAAACUUUUCUCUUGACAGUGUUUGUAUAGUUUUUAAAUCUUUCUAGAAAGUUUCUGCCUUAUCCCCUGUGUAGGAUUUUUGCACUGAGACCUGAACUCUAAAGUGUGUCGUCACAUAUUUAUUCAAUAGUCCUGUUUAAAGUAAUAUGUACACGUUUUUUUUUCCUAUACACUCUGAGAAAUAGAUGUUGUUUAUGACUGAUGAAGAGGGUUUCAAUAUUUAUAUUGUUAGAUUUAUAAUGUCCAGUACAAUAUAUAAGUGCUUAUUUGUAUUCAUGUUUCAACAGUUUAAAUAAAAUGGAUGAU